UAGGAGGAGAAGGGAAGGGAUAGGACCGGAGCCGGCUCAGGGUCAAGAGGGACACUGGGCUCUAGCUGCCAUAGCCGACCAGGCCCGGGACAGAUGUCUAUUUAGAAUCAUUUUCCAAAAGGUGAUUCAGACCAUGGGUAUGUCCGCAUCCACUCCUGCUGUUACCGUGCAGGUCUCACCUGCUUCAGAGCAUCAGGCAGGCUCUCCACCUUCAGGAUGCCCAAUGCGUGAAGGAAAACAAAAAGGUUGUCCAUUGAAUAAAAACCCAUCUGACAAAACUUGUGAAAGUCAGUCUAACUCAGUACCUGCUCAUCAGGAUCGAGCAUAUGAAUAUGUGGAAUGCCCUGUAACAUCAGCUGCCUAUCAAAGUAAAGAUAAUAUUGAUCCUUCGAACAUGAUGCCACCACCUAAUCAGACACCGUCCCCUGGUCAGCCAUUUGCACUAUCAACUGUUAGGGAAGAAUCAUCAAUUCCCAGGGCAGAUUCGGAAAAAAAGUGGGUUUACCCUUCAGAACAGAUGUUUUGGAAUGCCAUGUUAAGAAAAGGAUGGAAGUGGAAAGAUGAUGACAUCACUCAGAAAGAUAUGUAUAAUAUUAUUAAGAUUCAUAAUCAGAAUAAUGAACAGGCUUGGAAGGAGAUUUUAAAGUGGGAAGCUCUUCAUGCUACUGAGUGCCCAUGCGGGCCAACAUUGAUCCGAUUUGGGGGUAAAGCUAAGGACUAUUCACCAAGAGCUAGAAUUCGCUCAUGGAUGGGAUAUGAAUUGCCUUUUGACAGACAUGACUGGAUUGUUAAUCGUUGUGGAACAGAAGUUAGAUAUAUUAUUGAUUAUUAUGAUGGUGGAGAAGUAAAUAAGGACUAUCAGUUUACCAUCUUGGAUGUCCGUCCUGCUUUUGAUUCUCUUACAGCUGUUUGGGACAGAAUGAAGGUAGCUUGGUGGCGCUGGACUUCGUAACCAUUGUUUUAUUUAUUUUACUUUAAAAAAGAAAACUGUCAUUUCCUUUAAAGAGAGACAUUAAACUAUUUUCUCAAUUUGUUGUUGAA